AGCUACGCUGCUAAUAUUACUGAUUAAGUUAUACUUCAAGUUCAUCCUCCAUCACCCAACUAGUGAUUACUCGAGAGAGCGGUUUGCCACGUGUACAUAGCGCCACAAAACGUUCAAGUUGCAGGAAUUUUCCUACUACAGAAACCGCCGUCGAUCUCCAUAUUGGACGGCCGGCGCCCCAUAACUAGUACGCACAUUAGCGCCGGCGGCCGCCGUCCCACCAUGGACCACAACUAAGGAGGGUAUGGGAACAAAUGCUGAGUAAUGUGCAGCCGCAGACAGCUGGCAUAAGUUCUUGUGGUCCACGUGGACCCCGCUUAUCGGGAAAGUUCAGACGAGCCGUAGGAACGGACUCCGUGAAAAUGACGAGACAAAAUAAAAUUCACGGUCCACGUGUACGGCUGUCAUUAAGCCUUCACGUUGUGUACUUUGUUGUCCACUGUCACGUUUGCCUAUAUUCUGUUUCUUUUCAGUUAAAAAGCCGUUAAUCGCGCCGAUUUCCCCCUCGGAAUGGCUUUCUCUCUUGUCAUGAAUCCCGACGGACAGGUUAAUCGAACCGAAAACUUUUGUUUCAUCUAUCAUUCCAUUCCUUUCUUUACCGUGAAGAGAUGGAUCGUGUUCCUGUCUAGCUAGCUUCAUAACUGUAAGCAUAGAUUUGGAACUUCACGUUUUGCUAUGCUAGCUGUAGGAGCUAAGCUAGAGCACUGCUAAGAUCCAAGAACUCUCACGUUUUGCUAUUGCAUACCAUCAUAAACUAACUUUUACUAAGACUAGAUCGUUCACUCAUAAUUCAAAUGUUCUAUAAACCCACACUAAACCCCACUUGACUUUGGUAUUAUUAUAGUUGAAGUUUUCAUCAAUUGAUGUAUUUAGAAAUAUGAAGAUAAAGACCUGGGGAGACGAGGAGAGAGAGAAAGAAAGAGACGAAGGAAGGAAGUAAGUUGGAGAGAAGUCGCCUUCCUCUCAUUGCUUCAAUACUCCACCUUUAUGCAACCCCACACCUUAUUCAUCCAAUACAUCCAUUACAUACACAUAUACAUCAUAAAUAUAUUCCCAUUUUAUAAUCUGCCCAAACCUAUAUGUAUAAAAUCCUUCCAAGAACAACUUUCUUUUCUUGUAUUAACUUAAUGCCACUUUCCUUCAUCUUCCUUCCAUGUGUUCUGUUAGCUUAUAUAUAAGUAACUCCAAACCUCAACAACAACACCCCCACAACACACGCACAUAACUUGCCCAUUCACCCACCUCCAUCUUCGUCCCCCCUCUCCUCAUAUACCUUCUGUACAUACAUGUAACAAUUUCACACAGAAUCACAAAAAGGAGAUUCAUACAUCUAAGAAAACCAGAAAGGGGGAAGAAAAGGUAUGAGUUGUUUGUUCUUGAACUGCAAUUCUGUUCUGGGUUCUUCUUUACGUGUCAUUUCUCUGCAUACCUUACUAAAUUGUGUCUCAAUUCAUAAACCGAUUUGAUAAUUUCUGCUGAUGUUUCAGAAAGUUCGAAACCUUGACAGAAAUGCCAGGGCUAGCCAUCAUGGGUGGUUCAGAAGAAGUACCAAAUGGUGGCCACAGCAGCAACAACAACAACAAUGGCGACUUCUCUCCAAACAAGGCAAUUCUCGGCUUCAGCCAGCAGCAGAAGUCGCCAAGGAGCACGUUGAGCCAACGCAGCAGCGACUCUAUUGACCUAGCCAUGGACGGGGUGAUCGACACUUCAAUAGAGCAGCUGUAUCACAAUGUCUGCGAGAUGCAGUGCUCUGACCCUUCCCCUUCAAGAGGGAGCUUCUUGUCCUAUGGCGAAGAAUCGAGGAUCGAUUCAGAACUCUGCCACCUCAUCGGGAUUCCAAACAUGAAGGAGAUCACAAAAGAGGUCGUUGUUGUGACAGAGAAGAACACAGAAGAAGAACAAGAACGAGAAGAGAUCAUCAGAAAAGUCAACAAUGUGGCUGUUGACGAGAAUCACAAUUCAGGCAAGGAGAGGAGAAUCUAUAAUCAGCAAACAGAAUCUUCCAGGAAGAAAAGAGCUUUCCUUAGAAAGCCACCUCCAAAUGGAACUAGUCCUUUUCGCAGCCCAAGGAGACUUGCUACAUCUGUUGCUGAAAAUGUUGCAGCUAAUAAUGGGCCUUUGUUGCUCAAACAAGCAAGAGACAUGAUUUCCUCAGGCGAGAACCCGAGGCGGGCUCUCGUGUAUGCCCUGAAAGCAGCAAAGUCGUUCGAAUCAUCUUCAAACGAGACACCAAAUUUGGAACAUGUCAUGUCGCUCCACGUUCUAGCAGCCAUCCACUGCAGCUUGGGGAACUACAACGAGGGAAUCCCGGUUCUGGAGAAGUCAAUCCAAAUCCCGGCCAUUGAUUUGGGGCUGGACCACGCUCUGGCCAAGUUUGCCGGCUGCAUGCAGUUGGGUGACACCUAUGCAAUGCUGGGCCAGGUAGAGAACUCGAUCCUCUGCUACACUGCUGGAUUGGAGAUUCAGAAGCAAUCCUUGGGGGACAAGGAUCCACGUGUUGGUGAGACGUGUAGGUAUCUCGCCGAGGCUCACGUUCAAGCAUUGCAGUUCGAUGAGGCUGCCAACGUAUGCCAGAUGGCGCUCGACAUUCACAGAGGGCCAGAGGAGGAAGCAGCGGAUAGGAAGUUGAUGGGGCUGAUCUGCGAGGCGAGGGGAGAUUAUGAAUCUGCCCUCGAGCAUUAUGUUCUAGCAAGCAUGUCUAUGGCUGCGAAUGGACGGGAAGUGGAAGUAGCUUCAGUGGAUUGCAGCAUUGGUGACGCGUACUUGUCGCUGUCGCGCUACGACGAGGCUGUGUUCGCAUAUCAGAAGGCGCUCGCCACGUUCAAAUUGAAGAAAGGAGAGAGCAGCACCUCAGUGGCAUCCGUUCUGGUGAAGCUGGGUAACUUGUACAACAAGAUAGGUAAGUUUAAGGAGUCGAAGACUCAAUGUCAGAAUGCUCUCAAGAUUUACGAGAUUAGGCCUAACUACCAUCAAGUGGAGGAGGUGGCGAGUGGUUUCAUCGACAUUGCAGCCAUUUACCAGUCGAUGGACGAGCUUGAUCAGGCAAUUAGGCUGCUCAGAAAGGCACUGAAGGUGUAUGGAGAUGAUGUGCCGGGACAGCAGAGUACUGUGGCUGGGAUCGAAGCUCAGAUUGGUGUUAUGCAUUACAUGAUGGGGGAGUUCUCUGAGUCGUAUAACUCGUUCAAAAGCGCUGUUUCGAAGAUGAGGGCGAGCGGGGAGAAGAAGUCUGCCAUGUUUGGGAUUGCUUUGAACCAGAUGGGGUUGGCUUGUGUACAACGUUAUGCGAUCAACGAGGCAGCUGAGCUGUUCGAGGAGGCGAGGGGAGUUUUGGAGAAGGAGUAUGGUGCUUAUCAUGCUGACACUUUGGCUGUCUACAGCAAUCUGGCUGGAACUUAUGAUGCUAUGGGAAGGUUGGAUGAUGCAAUUGAGAUUCUAGACCAAGUUGUUAGAAUGAGGGAGCAGAAGCUUGGAACAGCUAAUCCAGAAGUGGUGGACGAGAAGCGACGGCUGGCUGAGCUGCUGAAGGAAGCAGGAAGGGCAAGGAAUAGGAAGUCAAUAGCUCUGUUAAGCUUCCUUGACACUGAAGUUCAGAGUAAGAAGAAUGAAGGCAUUGAGGUAGCUUAAAAGAAAAAUGUAUGGAGAAAUGUGUAUAUAUGUAUACAAAUACAAAAUGGUUCCUGUUAUGUGUAACAUAUUUUCUUUGUAAAGAGAGAGAAAGAGAGCUAAUUGGAAUUACAGCCUUGGUUCUAGUGCUGUUUGGUGGUGUGCUGAUUUUUGGCCCAUUGGUUAAUUGUAAUUCUUUUGUUGAAUAAAGGAUGAAGCAUUUAUUAACGUUGGGAGAUCAUUUUCAGUUUGAUGGUGAACACCAAACUGCAGCCAUUACAGCUGAAUUUUAGUUGAUACUUGAAGCUUUCUUUUAGUCUAUAACAAAACUGUUCUGAAUGCAACUUAGGAUCUGAAUUUUGUACUUCCCAAUGCACUGCGGUUUUGCUUGGAAGGAUAGGUAAGAGGCCUGAACUAGAAAAUACAAUCUCCUUGGGGUUCACAAAAGAAGAAAAAAAGUAAAAUACCAGGUACCGAAAAGUAAGACAUUGAAACUUGUGGUACCUGAAUUUGCAAGGUUCCUAUAGUUGUUGCCUUGUAAUCCAAGUCACGGAGCAGUAAGUUGAAGAGUCAAAAGUUAUCACUUUGGUUUUCACUUAGCUUUCUGAGGAGUCCAAAUCAAGUAAGGAUUCCCUGAAAAUCUGGGUUGCUAUUUUGAUUAGUUUCUUGGUCCCUUUUCCCCAGAUCCAAAGCAAAAAGUAAAAACCAUAUAUAAAAGAAAAAAAAGGAUGCCCAGCUCCUGAAGCAAAGAGUUUAAGCUCUGCUGAAUUAUGUACAAUGAGGUCAACGUUUCACCACCAGCAAUGAAACGUCACAAUACAG